GAGUCAUGUGGCUGGAGAUUCUCCUCACCUUCGUGCUGGGCUUUGUCAUCUACUUAUUUGUCUCCCGGGACCAGGAAGAAACCUUGCCUCUUGAACAUGGGUGGUGGGGACCAGGGACGAGGCCCACCACUGAGGAAGAUGAGAGCAUCCGCCCCUUCAAGGUGGAAACAUCGGACGAGGAAAUCAAAGACUUACAUUGGAGGAUUGAUAAGACCCGUUUAAGCCCACCUUUGGAGGACAGCCGCUUCCACUAUGGUUUCAACUCCAACUAUCUGAAGAAAAUCAUCUCCUACUGGAGGAAUGAAUUUGACUGGAGGAAGCAGGUGGAGAUUCUCAACAAAUACCCUCACUUCAAGACUAAGAUUGAAGGCCUGGAUAUCCACUUCAUCCAUGUGAAGCCCCCACAGCUGCCUGCAGGCCGCACCCCGAAGCCCUUGCUGAUGGUGCAUGGCUGGCCUGGCUCCUUCUACGAGUUUUAUAAAAUCAUCCCUCUCCUGACUGACCCCAAGAACCACGGCCUGAGCGAUGAGCAUGUUUUUGAAGUUGUCUGCCCUUCCAUUCCAGGCUAUGGCUUCUCAGAGGCAUCCUCCAAGAAGGGCUUGAAUUCAGUGGCAACUGCCAGGAUCUUUUAUAAGCUGAUGCUGCGGCUGAACUUCCAGGAGUUCUAUGUUCAAGGUGGAGACUGGGGCUCCCUGAUCUGUACCAACAUGGCCCAGAUGGUGCCCAGCCACGUGAAAGGCCUGCACUUGAACAUGGUUUUCGUUGUAAGAAAUUUCUUCACCUUGACCCUUCCUCUGGCACAGCAUUUCCGGAGGCUUUUUGGCUACACUGAGAGGGACAUAGAGCUGAUGAGCCCCAUCAAGGAGAAGUUCUUCUAUAGCCUGGUGAGGGAGAGUGGCUACAUGCACAUCCAGGCCACGAAGCCGGACACCGUGGGCUGUGCUUUGAAUAACUCCCCUGUGGGGCUGGCUGCCUAUAUUCUGGAGAAGUUUUCCACCUGGACCAAUUCGGAAUUCCAAAACCUGGAAGAUGGAGGCCUGGAGAGGAAGUUCUCCCUGGAUGACCUGCUGACCAACAUCAUGCUGUACUGGACAACUGCAACCAUCGUCUCCUCACAGCGCUUCUACAAGGAGAACUUGGGUCAGGGUAUUAACGUCCACAGGCAUGAGCGGAUGAAGGCCUACGUGCCCACGGGCUUUGCCGCCUUCCCUAGCGAGCUAAUGCACACCCCGGAAAACCUGGUGAGGUUCAAGUGUCCGAAACUGCUCUCAUAUUCCUACAUGCCCCGUGGGGGCCACUUUGCUGCCUUUGAGGAGCCAGAGCUGCUUGCAAAGGACAUCCGCAAGUUCGUGGGGCUGGUGGAGCGGCAGUGAC